GAUUGACAAUGAUGGCGGCGGGUUUAUUCCGACUUGACUCCAGCAGGGGGGGGUAGGGAGAGGGUUAGACAAGACAGAGGACCGUCUGCGGGGCCGACAAAGCCAAAACACCUUCAGGUGAAUAAUCUGCGCACGCACGAAACAAUUUGGAUAGGAAGAAAAAAAAGAGCGAGUAUAACGGCAAAGACUUGGAUCGUGCAAGGAGGGGUUUGGGGCUAGCUUCAGUUUAGCUUAGCUUGCUAAGUUGAAGAGGUUAGCAUUCUUGAGGCGGCGAGGGUCAGCUCAACAAACAAUGUCGCCGCUUCGCCAGCUUUCCUCGUAAUUACGUUCCCCAUUUCCAGGGGUGCUCGACGAAUGCAGCGUUUGUUUGGCAAAAGAAGACCCGACCUCCUUAAGCAGCUUAGCGGGGCUGUGUGGCGUCUGUUGUGGACAUUCAAAAACUGCCCGCCGCCGCCGCCUGGUAGCCAGCUCGCACGGCUAGCUCGCUAACUCCAAAAGAUUCGUUGGGGCUUUUUGGUUCUCCCUCCCGUCUUCGUUUCGUAAAUGACCACCGGCAGGAACAACCGAGCCAUGAUGGAAGGAGUCGGAGCGAGAGUGGUCCGGGGACCCGACUGGAAGUGGGGCAAGCAGGACGGGGGAGAGGGGCACGUCGGCACCGUCAGGAGUUUUGAAAGUCCCGAGGAGGUUGUGGUCGUCUGGGAUAACGGCACCGCUGCGAACUACCGUUGCUCUGGAGCCUACGACGUGAGGAUAUUAGACAGUGCUCCUACAGGCAUCAAGCACGACGGAACAAUGUGCGACACCUGCCGUCAGCAGCCCAUCAUUGGCAUUCGCUGGAAAUGUGCUGAGUGCACCAAUUACGACCUCUGCACAACCUGUUACCAUGGCGACAAACAUCACCUGAGACACCGCUUCUACAGGAUCACCACCCCGGGCAGCGAGAGAGUGCUGCUGGAGUCAAGGCGCAAGUCAAAGAAAAUCACUGCCAGGGGGAUUUUCACUGGCGGCCGGGUAGUGCGAGGUGUCGACUGGCAGUGGGAAGACCAGGAUGGAGGCAACGGAAGGCGAGGAAAGGUGACUGAGAUUCAGGACUGGAGUGCAGCCAGCCCCCAUAGCGCUGCCUACGUACUAUGGGACAAUGGGGCCAAGAACCUUUACCGUGUCGGUUUUGAAGGAAUGUCGGACCUGAAAUGCGUUCAGGACGCCAAAGGAGGUUCCUUUUACAGAGACCACUGUCCCGUGUUGGGCGAGCAGAAUGGGAACAGGAACCCCGGCGGUCUUCAGAUCGGAGACCUAGUCAACAUCGACUUGGACCUGGAAAUCGUCCAGUCGCUGCAGCACGGCCACGGCGGCUGGACCGACGGCAUGUUCGAGACACUCACCACCACCGGCACAGUGUGCGGCAUCGACGAAGACCACGACAUCGUGGUGCAGUAUCCCAGCGGGAACAGGUGGACAUUCAACCCCGCCGUACUAACGAAAGCCAAUGUUGUACGUAGCGGCGAAGUAGCCGCUGGGGCGGAGGGAGGCGCUUCCCAGUUCCUGGUGGGCGACCUGGUUCAGAUUUGCUAUGACAUUGACCGCAUCAAGCUGCUACAAAAAGGCCACGGAGAAUGGGCAGAGGCCAUGCUUCCUACCCUGGGGAAGGUGGGCCGCGUGCAACAGAUCUACUCCGACAGCGACCUGAAGGUGGAGGUGUGCGGGACGUCGUGGACGUACAAUCCUGCCGCCGUUACCAAGAUUGCUCCCUCGGGCUCCGCUGUUAGCAAUGCAUCCGGAGAGCGUCUCUCCCAGCUGCUUAAGAAACUGUUUGAGACGCAGGAGUCCGGCGACAUCAACGAGGAGCUGGUCAAGGCGGCAGCCAAUGGAGAUCUGGCCAAGGUGGAGGACAUUUUGAAGAGACCAGACGUUGACGUGAAUGGGCAGUGUGCUGGACACACGGCCAUGCAGGCAGCCAGCCAGAACGGUCACGUGGACGUUCUUAAGCUUCUGCUCAAACAUAGCGUUGAUCUCGAGGCCGAGGACAAAGAUGGGGAUCGGGCGGUGCACCACGCAGCGUUUGGUGACGAGGGCUCAGUCAUUGAGGUGCUGCAAAGGGGCGGUGCUGACCUGAACGCUAGGAACAAGCGCAGGCAGACGCCGUUGCACAUAGCUGUCAACAAGGGACACCUGCAGGUGGUCAAAACGCUGCUGGACUUUGGCUGCCACCCCAGCCUCCAGGACUCAGAGGGUGACACACCCCUGCACGAUGCCAUCAGCAAGAAGCGGGACGACAUGCUGUCCGUGCUGCUGGAGGCGGGCGCCGACGUCACCAUCACUAACAACAACGGCUUCAACGCCUUGCACCACGCCGCUCUGCGAGGGAACCCAAGUGCGAUGCGCGUAUUGCUAUCCAAACUGCCCAGGCCCUGGAUCGUGGAUGAGAAAAAGGACGACGGCUACACCGCGCUGCACUUAGCGGCCCUCAACAACCAUGUGGAGGUGGCGGAGUUGUUAGUUCAUCAGGGCAACGCCAGCUUGGACAUCCAGAACGUCAACCAGCAGACAGCCUUACACCUGGCCGUUGAGCGUCAGCACACUCAGAUUGUCAGACUGCUAGUGCGAGCAGAGGCCAAGCUGGACGUACAGGACAAGGACGGGGACACGCCGCUCCACGAGGCACUGCGACACCACACGUUGUCCCAGUUGCGGCAACUCCAGGAUAUGCAGGACGUCAGCAAAGUGGAGCCCUGGGAGCCCUCCAAGAACACGUUAAUCAUGGGCUUAGGCACCCAGGGGGCAGAGAAGAAGAGUGCAGCAUCCAUCGCCUGCUUCCUGGCCGCCAAUGGAGCUGACCUGACCAUUCGCAACAAAAAGGGCCAGUCGCCUCUGGACCUGUGUCCUGACCCCAGCCUCUGCAAGGCACUGGCCAAAUGCCACAAAGAGAAGAGCAGCGGCCAAGUGGGCACGCGCAGCCCGUCUCUGAACAGCAACAUGGAGUCCUUGGAGGAGUGCAUGGUGUGCUCGGAUAUGAAGAGAGACACUCUCUUCGGUCCGUGCGGACACAUUGCCACGUGCUCCCUCUGCUCGCCGCGUGUCAAGAAGUGUCUCAUCUGCAAAGAUCAGGUCCAGUCUCGUACGAAGAUCGAGGAGUGCGUGGUGUGCUCUGACAAAAAGGCGGCUGUUUUGUUCCAGCCCUGCGGCCACAUGUGCGCUUGUGAGAACUGUGCCAGCCUCAUGAAGAAGUGCGUACAGUGUCGGGCUGUGGUGGAGCGCCGUACCCCCUUUGUGCUUUGUUGUGGGGGGAAAGGUAUGGAGGAUGAUGAUGAUGCCGCAGAUGAUGAUGAUGAUGUGGAUGAUGAUGAUGAUGAUGAUGACAUUACAGGGAGCUCUAACUCUUUGGCAGGGGGAUCGCAGGAUCUUCUCCAGCCCAACAAUCUGGCACUAAGUUGGUCAAGCGGCAACAUCCCCGCCCUGCAGCGGGACAAGGACAACACCAACGUCAAUGCUGAUGUUCAGAAGCUUCAGCAGCAGCUCCAGGACAUCAAGGAGCAGACCAUGUGCCCUGUGUGCUUGGACAGGCUGAAGAACAUGAUCUUCAUGUGCGGCCAUGGCACUUGUCAGCUGUGCGGCGACCGCAUGAGCGAGUGCCCCAUCUGCCGCAAGGCCAUCGAGCGCCGCAUCCUCCUCUAUUAAACUCUUAAACGCCAGACUUUUUUCCCUCACGCCCACGAACGCACCACCAGCCACCAAAGCGCAUCAUAUACUUGUCUUGACACAACAUGGAGAAAAUAUUGAAUGGACCUCCACUUUAUCCUGCCGCUGGAACUUCUCUCAAACUUGAAGGGCAUGUCUCUUGAAUCUCACCCAGGGAGUGACUGACUAUGAUGAAAUACAAGUACAGGAGGUUGGAUCGCUCUCUUAUUUGGUGUCAAGUGUCGCAUUCCCCCCCCCCCCCCCCCCAAAAGCCAAGUUUUAUCUCCACUAUUCCUCGUUAUGCAAGUGUGGGUAGCGUCCUGUGUGGAUUUGAAGUCAUUUUCUUCGUAACAAUAUGACAACUGUCAGGGUUCUGAGAGUAUUUUUUAGGAGGCAGCGGAAGAGAGACCGGCUGGUUCCAAAACGGCAACUUCAGCAGGUCCGCCUUGAUUUCUGUGAGGAGACAGGUAGAACACCACCUUGUUAACUAGAGAUCCAAAACAUUCAGUCAUUUACACUAUUGUGCAAUGAGCGUUGUUGACGUACAAUUUGCUUCCAAAAAUCUGCUCGUCCGAGGGGGGGUUAAGGUGCUCUUUGUCUUGUAUUACUUUAAUUUAAGUGUAUCUCCGCUCAAAAAGUCAGCAUUUAUUGAAAUAGAGUAAAAUCUAUUAGAACUUUUAGGUGGGACUGUAGAUAAAUUAUUUUGUAUUGCUGCCCAAAAGGAAAAAAUAGGAUUUCUAGGUGUCAUUGCCUUUCUAAUAUGUAGCCUCAAAAAAAAAAUCUGCUUUCAUAGUCAUACUUUUUUUGUGUGUGUCAUACAUACAGGCACCUUUAUUUGUGUUCUUUGUUGUCAGUUUGUUGUAAAGUUAAUUGUCAACCGUUUCAAGUAUCUUCUCAUCAGUGUUUUAAUUUGUAGUUGGGGAACCAAUGGUUUUUAAGGCAGAAUUUGCCUUCAAUGACAAGGCUGAAAACACACUAACAACCAUCAUUUAUUUUCAAGACUGCAACUUUUUAUUAUAAUUCUGUUUUUUCAACGAUGACUCCAAACUAUGGCAGUGUUGUCUUGCUUUGUUGUUUCAAAAAAGCCAAUUUUCUGCUUAAUUCGUUCCUGUCGGAAAUGUAUUGGUCAUAUCUCCUUUGGCAUGAACGUUUCACAUACGCAUUACGACGUGUAUCAUGGAAUUCUCUUUCAGUCUGUUUCGCAAAGAAGUGCUUUUAAAACAAACCACAUAGAUUAAAUAAAAGUCGCCAAUGAACAGUGA